AUGUGUUGGUCUUAUGGGGCGGAUUUGGCAAACAAUGAAAAACAACGUUGCAUAAAGGAAACGUUGAAAGAGGUAGUGCAACUUGAUGCUAGGGAAUCCACGAAGAUCAUCUAUGCAGGCAUGAGGCUGAGUUUCAGCACGUGUCAAAUACUGGACGUUUCUUCAGGUAUCUAUUCGACCCGAAAGUGUAAUGAUGUCAUCACUGAUCGUUUCAUAUGUGCUGCAGCUCUGCCGCCAAAUAGAUAUUUUUACCCGAAGUCUCAUCCUGAGUCGAAUAUCUGUACUGGGCAGACCCAAAUUUCAUCACAAUUCAAACAGAUAUUUUGUAGUGCAGAAGGUGUCGGUACAGCCCAACUCGGAAUGCAAAAUGACGCCAGUAUCAUGUCUCUAAAUGGCAAUCACAUUCCAGUAAUAGAACCAGGGCUAUUUGAGGGGCUUGAAGAUUUACGAGAACUUAGCCUGUCUGGAAAUCAAAUACGAGAUAUCAUGGCGAAUGGAUUUCAGGACCUGGAAAGGCUGGAAACCCUUGACUUAUCAAACAAUGAACUCGAAGGCCUUACGAAAGACGUAUAUAAAGGGUUGUGGAAUUUGAAAGAUUUAAGAAUCGAAGGCAACAAAGGUCCUUUGACAUUGGAACCUAGUUGUUUUGAACAUUUAGAGAACUUGGAAACCUUGGUCUUGUCCUCUACAAAAAUACAAGGAGGUAGUUUAAAAGGAUCCAUGUUUUCUGGCUUAUUUUCCCUCAAAGUUCUGCACUUUGUAGGUAGUAACAUUCACACAAUCAGCAAGGAUACGUUCAAGCACAUUUCGAACGUGAAAACCAUCGAUCUUCGUAACAACUCUUUGGCCAACACCAAAUAUGAGCGCCAGAUGUUCGGUAAUCUAUCGAAUUUGAUUUCGCUAAGCAGUGAUCACAUGGCACUGUGUUGCAUAGCCCCAAAAGUACCGAAGUGUGAUCCACAGCCAGACUACUUAUCAUCAUGUAUGGACCUUAUCAAAAGUGACAUGCUGAGAAUUGCCCUGUGGGUAGUUGGACUGCUGAUACUUUUGGGAAACAUUACAGUCAUGGGAUUGCGUGCACGACAAACGAGUGAAAGUUCUAACAUCAACCGCAUAAUGGUUAUCAACUUAUCAAUCUCCGAUUUCUUGAUGGGCGCAUACAUUGUUAUCAUCGCGGCCAUGGAUAUAAGGUUUCGGGGAAAGUACGCUGAAAAUCAAUCGGAAUGGGUAAAUGGAAGGAUCUGCAUGAUAGCUGGAUUUGUUGUCUCUCUUUCAAGUCAGAUGUCAGUUUUUACUCUCGUUACCAUGACAUUUGAUAGGUUCUCCAGGGUUGUGUUUCCAUUUAAACAUAGCCUCCAUCUAACCAAACGCACAGCCUGCACCAUCUUGGCUUCUGGUUGGAUUCUAUGCGUAUCUCUCUCUGGAUUGCCACUCCUUCCUUUGACCUACUUUGGAUCCCACGCAUUCUAUUCUCAAUAUGGAUUCUGUCUUCCUCUUGUUCUAGUAAAUUUCCAUUUCCAAGGAUGGGAAUACUCAUUCGCUCUAUUCAAUGUGGCCACUUUUGUGGGGUUUCUCCUGGUAGCGGCCUGCUAUCUUGCAAUGUACUGCUCCACCGUUCUUCGGCAUAGAUCCACUCGUACAAGUCAUACUGGACCUGACAUACGGGACAUGAAGAUGGCAAGAAAAAUGCUAUGGAUUGUGGUCACGGAUUUCUGUUGCUGGGUGCCCAUAGCCAUACUUGGAUUCCUGGCUCUAUGUGACAUUACACUUCCAGGUGAUAAAUUUGCCUACGUCAGCAUAUUUGUGCUCCCCAUCAACAGCGCUAUUAACCCUAUGAUCUACACGUUCAGUACAAUCCCCUGGAGAAAGAUGUUUUGCAAAAGCAGCAGCGUAAAUAAUUCGCAAACUCCUCAAACAGGCCUCUCUGAAAUUAGAAAUUCGUUGGGGAACGCCCAUGGCUUAACAAAUGCGUAA